AGUAUUGUUAUGUGUGCAAUUUAAAAUUAUAAUCACACUGUUUUACAUAUGAAAAGACUAUGCUAAUUUAAAUUCUGGACAUGUUCUUGAGCAGGCGGACCAAUGGAGUGCACACAUGAACCUUCUGAUUUGUUUCGCAAUCAUUACCGACUUUAUGAGGCUUGUUGAACCGCAUGUCUUUUUACUUUACCAGUUCCUGAAUACACGUGGUACUAUCUAAGGGUGCGCUUGUUGAACAAGAAAAGAUUUUCUGUUUCACACCAGUCUGAUUUUGAAAAGUUUCUCCUUUGAGCAAAUCAAGAGGCUUGAUCUUACAUAGCCUGUAGUCACACUACCAGGAGAUCUACAACAGUAUGGAAUUUCCUGAUGAGAAGAAGGGAGAUGAUCAACUUGAGAACAGUGUUCAGAAGUUGAUGAACAUGCAGACAGAUAGCGAAGGACUUGCCUUUGUAGGAAAGCAAAACAAAGAAGAGGAGUUAGCUGGCACAACUCUUGCUCAAGCUCAUUCUCUUUGGACCACAGAUGCUAAGGGCUCAGUAAUACUGAGAAUAGAAGAAGGAUGUCCAGAGGAACCUGUUACAGUUCACCAAAUGUUCAAAGCCUCAGUUGAAAAAUAUGGAAACAUGUACGCCCUCGCCAGCAAGAAAAACAACAAAUGGGAAAAGAUCACUUUCUUAGAGUAUUAUCAACUCUGCCGCAGAGCAGCCAGGAGCUUUAUAAAGCUUGGUUUAAAGCGAUUCCAUGGAGUGGCAAUACUAGGAUUCAAUUCAGCGGAAUGGUUCUUCUCUGCAGUCGGAGCCAUCAUGGCAGGGGGCACAAUGACAGGAAUUUAUGCCACAAACUCACCUGAAGCUUGCCAGUAUGUGGCUAGUGACUCCAAAGCCAACAUUAUUGUGGUGGAAAACCAAAAGCAAUUGGAUAAAAUCCUGCAGAUACGUGAUAGUUUGCCCCACUUGAAAGCCAUAGUACAGUACAGUGGAUACCCCAUGCAGAAGAUCUCCAAUCUUUACUCUUGGGAGGAAUUCAUGGAGCUGGGUCUGGAGGUUUCUGAGAAAGAGCUGGAUGACAUCAUUGCCAGCCAGAGGGCCAACCAAUGCUGCGUCCUGAUCUACACCUCUGGCACCACCGGCAAGCCGAAGGGAGUCAUGCUCAGUCAUGACAAUAUCACAUGGACCGCCAAUCAUGCCAGCAGGGCCGGAGACUUGCAGCCAGCCGACACUAAACAGGAGUCACUAGUGAGCUACCUGCCUCUCAGCCACAUCGCCGCUCAGAUCUAUGAUCUCUGGGCGGGCAUCCAGUGGGGUGAGCUGGUAUACUUUGCACAGCCAGAUGCCUUAAAGGGAAGCCUGAUAACAACUCUGCGAGAAGUUUGUCCUACAUCCCACAUGGGUGUCCCACGGGUAUGGGAGAAAAUGAUGGAGAAAAUAAAACAGGCAAUUAGUGAGUGUGGAUAUGUGAAAAAGAAGCUGGUGACAUGGGCAAUGUCAGUCAGUCUGGAAGCCAAUCAAACAUGUACGCAAAAGGAUGAUGAGAAACCAUUCCUCUUUACCAUGGCUGACAGCCUUGUGCUACAGAGGCUUCGGGCUGAGCUGGGCCUGUCUUGCUGUCAGAAGUUUUUCUCUGGAGCAGCACCGAUCGGUAGUGAAACAGUGCAGUUUUUCCUGGGCCUGAAUAUCUGGUUGUAUGAGGCAUAUGGCAUGAGUGAGAGCACAGGACCUCACUUUAUGUCAGGUCCCAAAGCUUACAAACUACCAAGCUGUGGUAAAGUGGUGCCUGGCUGUCGAUACAAAAUGGCCAACAUAGACUCUGAGAAAGGCGAAAUUUGCUUUUGGGGACGUAACAUAUUCAUGGGUUACCUCAACAUGGAAGACAAAACAAGAGAAGCUUUGGAUGAAGAUGGAUGGCUGCAUUCUGGGGACCUAGGAAAGAUAGACGAAGAGGGUUUCUUGUGCAUCACAGGGCGAAUAAAAGAGCUGAUCAUCACAGCUGGAGGGGAGAAUGUUCCCCCUCUUCCCAUUGAGGAAGCAGUGAAGAAGGAGCUACCUAUCAUCAGCAAUGCCAUGCUCAUUGGGGACAAGAGGAAGUUCUUGUCAAUGUUUUUAACACUGAAGUGUUGUAGCAAUACAGAAACCAUGGAGCCAACAGAGGAGCUGAGUAUGGAGACUGUGGAGCUUUGCCAACAGCUAGGAAGCCGAGCAACCAAGGUGUCUGACAUCAUUGAGGGAAAAGACAAAGACGUGUACCGGACCAUUCAAGAAGGAAUCAACAGGGUCAACGCUGCUGCCACCUCUAAUGCCCAGCGCAUACAAAAGUGGACUAUUCUAAGAAAGGACUUCUCUGUUUCUGGAGGAGAGCUGGGUCCCACAAUGAAGCUCCGUCGCCCUGUUGUGUUGGAGAUGUACCAUGAGGUCAUUGAGAGCCUCUAUCAGGAGUAGUGUCGUGUUCCUAGAGAGAUGACUGUGUAACUGUGUACUGUAGUAUGAAAAUCACUUGUCACUUGCGUAUCUCAUCAUUCUUGGAGACAUGCAUGAAAUUUAAUUAUAUGUGUCUUGUGUUCAGAAUGCAUACAGUAAAUAGUAAAGGAACCAUAUUUAAUUUUUUAUAAUAUUUAAGUUUUAAGUAGUUAAUAAUACUGAGCAUUUUACAAAGUCACACCAUUUUGAUGCAUCUUCUCAUAGGCUGAAAUAUUUGUUUUUAAUUCAUAUUUGUUUCUGGUCAACAAUUUAUUUGUACUACUUUAAAAUCAUACUCAUAAAAACAUGGACAUAACUUUCACCAGGUAUUUAAUUAUAUGGGUCAUUAUCAUAGGGGCUUGUGACACCCACAAGUCAUUUGCAUAACACUUAAUAAUAUUAUUUGUAUUGCACGUUUUAAGAGCAGACGUCACAAAGUGCUUUACAACAGAAAACAAUAGCAAGUAGAAAAAAAAGUCUGACAUUUCUGAUAUCAUUGUUAUAUUCGUUUUUCUUUAUACAUUCCUAUUUGCAGAAA